GAUGAAUCGGACGUGGUGGUGCUCACCGACAAGAACUUCGAGGAGAAGCUCGGCAGCGCCAAGUUUGCACUUGUGGAGUUCUAUGCCCCGUGGUGUGGACACUGCAAGGCCCUGAAGCCCGAGUACGCCAAGGCCGCCACCGCCCUCAAGGAGUACUCUUCUGAAGUCAUCCUUGCCAAGCUGGAUGCUACCGAGGAGAAGACUGUGGCGGGCAAGCACGAGGUGCAGGGCUACCCCACCCUCAAGUGGUUUGUGGACGGCAAGGAGGCCAUGGAUUACUCUGGAGGCCGCACCGCCGACGACAUCAUCCGGUGGGUCAAGAAGAAGACGGGCCCCGCC